AUGUUCACAGCGGCGGUGCCGUUCCGGGAGCUGCAGUACGAGCAGCUGGCGGCACAAUACGCGGGGCGAAGCCCGGGGCUCUCCCUCCCGGCGGACGGCUCUUACCCGGGAGCUCUGUUGGCUCUCCUGCGCUCCUGUCUUCAGCAGAGGAGGACUUCGCGUCCAGACCUCCCCGCGAUGCGCGACUCCCUUCUAACCCUCAAGCGUGACCUCGACGAGAUGGAGUAUAUCAUCAUACCGGCGCGACUCUCGAGGGCGAAGCUGAACGGCAGCGCACCAAGCGCUGCCACCACCACCACCAUCACCGCCGCCACCUCGCCCACCGACUCCGACCGCCAAAGCCCCGAACAAAUGCAGCACGCGGCCGUCGUACACGAGCCGAGGAGGUCGGACGGCGGCGACGUGGAAGUUUCGAGAAGCGUCUCCUACCCCACGUACGAGAGGCUGUCCGUACCGGAGAGGUGCUUCAUAUCGGACGGGAAGCAUCAGCAACCGCCCGAGAAGGACUUCUCGAGCGCCUGCUCCACGCCCGUAGAGAAGCUGCACGCGAGGGUAAGGGAGCUGGACACGCCGGGCCUGCACAAGAGCGACUCGACGGAGUACUGCAGCAUACUCAGCCCGGAGAGCGCCAAGGACUGGAGCCAGCGCUCGGCGAGGCUGAGCGGCGGCUGCACGCCCAGGUCGUACAGGCCGCUGGACAUCCGGGUGCCGCGACUGGACCUGGACCUGGGCUCGAUCAGGGCCGCGGCGGGGGGCGGCGGCGGGCGGCCCUCGUACAACUUCGACGUGCGCAACUACAGCCUGCCCACCACGCCGAUAGCGAGGAGCAACAAGCUGAGGAAGAACGCCUGGCUCUCGGGCGAGGCGGACGCCAAAGUGGGCGACGCGACGCGUUUGUUCGACGCGACUUCGAUUAGAGGGAACGAGAAGCACGUUGAGACGCAAAACACAUCGACGGAAACCGACGCGGACUCUGAAAGCUGUUGCUCCAAGCGAUUGAGUGCACAGAGCUCCACAGGCAGUGAGAACACCGCUCGUAACAGCUACACGGGCCUUAAACGAGUGGGGCCACCGCACGAGGCCACCUGCUCGGAGCCUGCCAGCUCCUGGUCGAUGAGGUCCUCGCGUGAUGGCGCCAGCUCCAAGGUGGAGGAGGAGGCGCUGGCCCACGUGUACGUGAAGCCCCUGGUGGCCAUCCACGAGAGGUGGAUCCACGAGGCCAACAGGAAAACGGGACGCUCUUUGUCCCUGCCUGAGGAUAAUAGCGUGGCCCGCGUGACUAAUCUGGAGUUGGCGGCGCAGGAGGCAGUGGCAGUGGCAGGCGGUGAAGCCGGCGUCGCACCGCGUGGAGCCUCCGCCGCAGUCGCUGCCGCACCUGGCCCGCCCGCCGCGCACGCCGCGCCCCGCCACGGCUUUCAAUGGGACCAGUAUUGUCAGACGCGAGACAUGAUUUCGAAAAGCGUUAAUUUCGCAUUCGACCCUGAUCUCUGUAACACUUGGAAGAAAGACAGCAGUAAAGGAUCUUCGAGCACUGUGGACACGCAGAAAGAGGCCAAGGUGGACCAGGCGACCAGCACGCGCGGCAUCGAGGACUUCAUCCGCGACCUGAUCCGGAGGGAGUUCCGGCACCUCGUGCCCGAGGCGGCCGGCGACGGCGCCGCCGGCCGCGGCGAGGAGGCGCUCAGCAGCCGCGUGGCGAACCUCCUCGAGGGGCUGCGCAGCGGCGACGAGCCGAGGCGGGACAGCGUCAAGUCCUUCUCCAGGGUCAAAAUCAACGGGAACAACAAGCCGCUGCUGCAGAUCACGUUCAGCCGCAGCGGCGAGAACAGCCUCCAGGUGCUGGACAACUGCGUGAACGUGACCAUAUGCGACGGGAACGCCAAGGAGAAACCGCCGGACGAGGACACGCUGACCGCCGAAGAUCUUCACGUCAACUCGCUGAAGCGCUGCCAAGCUUUCAACGCUAUACAGGAAGCUCGCAGCACCGAAGACCUGUACAUAGACGACGACCUGUCCGCGCAGCUGCAGGAGAACUUCGGCGGGAAGGUGAAGCUGAUUCCGCUCCACGGCUCCCUGCACGAGAUCCUCUGCGAGAAGGAGGACGACUGCUGCCUCAUCAAGGUGAAGCAGGAGAACGGCUGCGACACGAUCUACUUCCGGUGCGACGGCGCCGAGCUGGAGUCGCGCGACGCGGUGGAUGGAGCACGCGAGCGGUCGCGCGACACCGUCGUGUUCAAGCGCAGCAUAUCUCUGGUCGAGGAGCGCGUGCAGCGGGUGGCGCCCAAGCAGAAGGCCGCGCCCAGGCGCCGCCCCGAGUCCGAGGGCUUCCCGAGGAUGCGCCAGGAGGCGCGCGCGCUCAGCGCCAGCAGCCCCUCGCUGGCGGGCCCCGCCGGCCCGGCCGACGUGGAGGUGAACAUAGAGAGCGUGCUCUGCUACCAGGACUCCUCGUCGGACGAGUGCCUCGAGCGCCUCGAGCGCCUCGAAAGGCAGGACGACGAGUUCGAGCUGCUCGAGCGGCAGAUCGAGGCGGGCCUCGCCUGCGCCGACCCGCCGCCGCUGGGCUGCGGCUGCCUGGAGAAGAUAUCGGAGGAGAACCUGUCGAUCGUCAACGAGGAGGCCGACAGGAAU